GCGUCUUUUAAAAAGUAAAACUGUUGAGUGUUACUAAUUUGUUAUAGUUGAUAUUAAUGUAAAGAUUAACGUAGUUUCCCAGAGCUGACCUGUGGAAUAUCUAUCUAUAUGCAGAUGAUUUCAAAAGAAAAUCCCUCGAGGACCAUGAGCCAUGAGCAUAAACCAUGUACAUGUAUCAUGAGCAGAAGAUAAGCGAUACAGAUGUGGGUCAUGCUGUACUCCAAGAAAAGGAAAAAGAAAAUGUUAACCUGAUAUAUAACACUUGGGGGAGUCAGACACCAUACAAGUGUGAGCCAUCUGGUGCUGCAUUCAGGCAUAAAACAAUUUAGAUAUCAAAAUAGGGAUAUAAACUGGAGAAAACCGUACGUUGUACUCCUAGAAAAGAAUAAAAGAAAAGAUUCAAAUGAAAAAAACACUCGGGAGAGACGCCAUUCAAGUGUGGGCCAUGUGGUGCUGCAUUCAUGCAUAAAACAAUUUUGAUAUAUACAUAGGGAUAUACAUGUUAACAAGAGAAAAGCCGUACAAGUGUGACGUGUGUGGUGCUGUUUCUACUUUCAAACGUUAUUUUAAGCUUUUGUGAGACUACAAAUCGGAGAGAAGCCUACGGGUGAGAGACAUGUUCCCGUUUCAUACGAAAGAAAUUUACGCGUCCAUCUGACAAAAUACACAAGAGGAAGGCCAUGCAUGUUUGAGCUUUGUGUUGCUAGUGUCACUCAGUAAAACAUUUAAAUCAGAUGAGAAUACAUGGAGACAUGGAGUCGUACAUAUGUCAGAUCUGUGGUGCUGCUUUUAAACAUAAAGGUAACUUAAAGACUCAUGAAAGAAAACACACAGGAGAGAAGCCAUACACAUGUGAGAACUGUGGUGCUGCUUUUUCUUUCAGAACGAGUUUGCUAAGUCACAUGAGAACACACACAGGAGAAAAGCCAUACAAGUGUGAGACAUGUUGUGCUGUUUUCACUCAUAAAAGUAAUUUAAAAACUCAUGCAAGAAUACACUCAGGAGAGAAGCCAUACAAAUGUGAAAUAUGUGAUGCUUCUUUUUCUUACAAAAAUAGUUUGCUUAGCCAUAUGAGAAUACACACAGGAGACAAGCCAUACACAUGUGAGGAAUGCGGUGCUGCUUUCACUCUGAAAAGAUAUUUAAAAGGUCACAUAAAAAUACAUACAGAAGUCAAGCAUUUCAAGUGUGACAUGUGUGUCGCCGCUUUCGCUCAGAGGCACUAUUUAAAAGCUCACAUGAAAAUACAUACAGGGGAAAAGCCAUACAAGUGUGACACAUGCGGUGCUGCUUUUACCCAUAAACAUUAUCUGAAGCCUCACAUGAGAAUACAUACAGGAGAAAAGCCAUACAAGUGUGAUAUAUGUGUUGCCUCUUUUACUCAAUUAUCACAUCUCGAGGGUCACAAGAGGAUACAUACAGGAGAGAAACCAUACAAGUGUGAGGUUUGUGGUGCUGAGUUUAGGCAUAGGCAAGAUUUGAAGCCUCACAUGAGAACUCACACAGGAGAAAGGGCAUACGAGUGUAAGAUAUGUGAUGCUGCUUUUACCCAAGCAUCAACCCUUCAUUGUCACAUGAGGAUACACACAGGGGAGAAACCACACAAGUGCGAGACAUGUGGUGCUGCUUUCACUCAAAAAUCAAGUCUUCAAGGUCAUAUGAGAAUACACACCGGUGAGAAGCCACACAAGUGUGAAACAUGUGCUGCUUUCUUUACCCAUAAACAUGAUUUAAAGCGUCACAUGAGAAUACACACAGGGGAAAAGCCAUAUAAGUGUGAGACAUGUGAUGCUGACUUUUCUUACAAAAAUGGCCUGCUAAGUCACAUGAGAAUUCACACAGGAGAGAAGGCCUACAAGUGUGAUAUGUGUGUUGCUUCUUUUACUCAAAAUAAAUAUUUAAAGGCUCACAUGAAAACACACGUAGGAGAGAAGCCCUACACGUGUAAGACAUGUGGUGAUGCUUUUGUUCAAUUAUCACACCUCCAAGUUCACGCGAGGAUACACACACAGGAGAAAAACAGAACAAAUAUGGACAAUUUGGUGCUGGUUUUACCCGUAUUCAUGGUGUGAGACCUCACAUGAGUACACGCAUAAGAAAAGACAUACAUACUUGCUUGAGAUAUGAGAUGGUGCUUUUAUUCAAGCAUCACAUUCCAAUGGUCACACGGGGAUAUACACAGGGAAGAAACCAAACAAGUGUGGUACAUGUAGUGCUGCUUAGGCUUUUAAUAGUGAUAAUGUUAAGUUUUUGUGCUAUAAGAUAUUAAGAAUUGUGUUUGUUAUACUAUAAACUAUUAUGUUUCAUAAUUAUGAAUGUAUAUAAAAUGCUUUCAAUUGACCCGAGCUCCCGUGUUUUGACGCACAUAACUCUUAAAUGCCCGGAUUGAGCAUCAUAAAUUUGUACUGUGCGUCAGUUUUGACCUGGGAGAAUUUCUGUGCAAGAGUCGGUAAUAUUUGAAAGGAGCCGAAAGGCAUGAUCAAAAUGUUUGUUUAAUCAAUUGAAGUCAGCAGCUAUUAACAACCGAAGUGACACAUGAUUAUCGAUCUGGUGCACACAUCAGUUUCAGUUUCAUAGUUUAUUGCAUAAAACAAUACUAUGUUUAUAGCAUAAACAAAAUGAUACAAUCAAAUGGGUAGAAUAGAACAUUUUCAAGAACAUACAAUGUUAACGAUGUUAUACAAAAGUGGUUUCUAGGUUUAGUUAUUUGAAAGAAGUUUUUAUGAUAUUCUAAUUCUCUUUGCAAAGAAUAGAAAUUUUGAAAUAUUAUAAAUAGUUUUCUUUGAUUUUGAGCUCAUUAGAAGGUUAAAUUUAUUUAUAGUUGGCCAAUGGCAAAAAUAUUUUUUAAACAAUUUAUUCCUUAGUUCUUUGUAUUUUGGGCACACUAGAAGAAAGUGGUAUUCCGAUUCGAUUAAGUUCAUGCUGCAGGAUUUACAAAAUCUUUCUUGUUGAGGGGUGUUUGUAUAUCUUCCAGUUUCAAUUGCCAAUUGGUGUGAUGAUGUUCGAAAUUUCGCUGUAUCAUAUGAAAAGAUACACUUGUCAAUCUUAAUCCAGAAAAUUAUAUGUACAUGUUUAUCAACAAUUUUUAUACGGUCCUUUGAACAAAUUUUAUAAUAAAACGAAAUACCUCCGC